AUGGGACAGUUUUGCACGACAAUGAGUUCCGUAAUUUGGGAUCGGAAGAGUGAAGUAGAUACUGAUCUAGCAACAAAACUCAGAGGAAGAAGUAUCAAAAGCGAAAACACAGAUGAUUCCGUUUCCACAAUGAGCGAAGGAAUAGAACCCGACAUGGACUCCACAGUUACUAAAAUGGACACAGCGAUGGUUACUAGGAAGGAGAAGGCGAUGGAAUAUGCUGUUAUUUUCUUAAAUAAGGCUAGCAACAUAGUUGCUUCUCAUGCCGCCAUGUUUCCGGAGUUCAAAAAUUGGGAAGAUCAAAUUAAGCAAAACCUGGCCGGUAUUGAACGUCCGCGGGUUCUUGUCGGACUACUUGGGUAUACCGGGAGUGGAAAAUCGUCCCUUAUUAAUGCCCUCAUUGAUGAGGAAAUGGUUGUACCAGCGAACGCCAUGCGUGCCAGCACGUCCGUGGUCACAGAAAUUUCAUGGAAUGACUCUGAUGAUCCAGACAGGGCUUUCCGGGCUGAAAUUGAGUUCAUUUCAGAGGAAGAGUGGAAGAAAGAAAUGGAUGUGCUUUUAGAUGAUUUGGCCAACGCAACCAAGGGCGAGGAUGUUACCAUCAAGUCCGGCAGUGCGGCUAGCAUUGCAUUUGCCAAGAUUUCCGCAGUCUGGCCGGAAGUAACUCUUGGCAAAUUAAAAGGCAUGAGUUCCGAACAAUUAUUCGAUGAAGUCGAUGGCGUUUCGGACAUAUUGGAUUGCAGCCUGGAGAUAGCAGACCACAAAGCCAAGGAUUUUGCAGAAAAAAUAAGUUUGUAUAUCGACUCGAAUAAUAAGGAGGUAGCUUCGGCAGGAAUAUCAUACUGGCCGUUGGUGCGUUGCGUUCGCGUAUACACGAAAGCCCAGAUUUUACGGCAUGGUCUUGUACUAGUUGAUUUGCCUGGACUAGGAGACUCCAACACCGGGAGAACACAGGUCGCCGAGAAUUAUAUGAAGAACCUUGACUACAUCUGGAUUGUGGCUGAUAUCGUACGAGCCAUCGAUGAUCAAGUGGCCAAGGACCUGAUGGGGAAAUCCUUCAGGAGACAACUUUUCAUGGACGGUAAAUAUGAUGGCCACUGCGUGACUUUUAUUAUGUCAAAAACAGAUAUAAUCAACAACAAUGAAGUCAUCUCGUCACUGCAACUCCGAAAAAGAGAGCUUAAGACGAUUCUUGCUCAAGAGGAGGUUCUUAUGCAGAACGUUCAUAAAGUUCAAGAAACUCUCAUUAGAAAAACUGCGAAGAAUAACAAGAUCAAGCGGGAGUUGAAAGGAUUGCAACGUGAAGUGAAGCAGACUAAGAGCGAAAAAGCUACAUCGCGUAAGAGAAAGUUCGUCGAAGAUAGUGGGGCGGAGGAAGAAGUGCCUUCGAUCAAAUCUCAGAUUCCAGGCAAGGUAUCUCGCCAAGACUUGAUGCGAAAGAAAGGCAGCACGAUCAAAGAAAUCGAAGCUUUAGAUAAAAGGCUGGCUGGGCUUAAGCUCGAACUGAGAUCAGCUAGAAAUGAAAUCAAAGUUGUCUGCACACAGGCCAGAAACACCUACACUCAAAACCAUCUCAAGAUAGAUUUUCUCAAUGGGCUCCGAGAGCUGAAACAGGAUAUUUCUGCUGAUCGGAAUGAUGAAUUUCAGUCUGAAAUUGAGAAAAAAGUUGAGAGUGAAUCAUCGGCCACCAAACCUGGGUGGGAUAAUUCAAAGCUGAUUGAAAAUGCCUGUACAGAAGGGCUAAUUGACCAGCUGAACACCUUCUGUGUGUCCUCCAAAGGAUACCAAAGGUUGGCAGGACGUUUCAAGCGGAACCCGAAACCGAAAGGAUUUGCAACUAUAAACGACACUUUCAUACCGUUCUUACGGGAGUAUGCAGUCGCCUGUACCUUGACGCAGCGUUCAAAAUUGGCUGACAGGUUCUUGAAUGGAUUCAAUUUAGUCAAACUGAGUAUCAGUUCGUGGGUUGAAAAUGAUUCUCCGAACUCAUUGUCUUCGUCUGAAAAAGACAGACUCAAUGGUACGUUGGAAGAACACUUGGGCGCUCUUCAGAAGAAAUUUGAACUUGCGUUAAAUAUUGCGAUGAUGAGGAUGAAGAACGCCAUCAAAACCGAUAUUUUCCCUAUGUUGCAAAAAUGCAUCAAUGCGAGCACACAAAAAGCCGAGGAGGCCUGCAAAGAACUCGUUAACGAAGACAUUUGUUUUCAGACCUGGAAAGCAAUCUGUCGUAGGCGCGGCAAGUUUAGUAACAGGAAAAACUUUAAUUAUGACUGGGUUGGGGUUUUCUCAGAACCGUUCCUGGGUCAUCUUGCCAAACCUUGGGAAAACGUGUUCAGUUCGCAAAUGCAGAAUAUACACGAUGAAUACGCUAGGAGAAUUGCCACCGCAAUCAACAGAUUUUCGAUCGAUAUAAAGCCUCUUCUUCGAAGCAUGUCAGAAGCCUCUGCUUCGAGAUCACCCCUAGAUUUCUUAGCAAAGGUUCCUUAUUUACAGCGUAAAGCUAGAACUGCCAUAACAGAGUCAUUUGAUUCAGCGCGAUCUCAAGCACAAGAGAUUCAUCGAGCUGUCGAGCCCCUUAUACAAGAUCAUCUACGUCCAGUAUAUGAAAAAUGUAGCCGAGAAUCAAAAAAGGGUGCUCUUGCACGGAUGAAGGAGAAUCUUUUCGAAUUCAUCCAAGAAACAAAUGAAACUAUGUACAGUGAAUCAUCCACGGUGCUCAAGACUAAACUAGCCAAGAUGACAAACAACCUUGAAGAAUUAUUGAAGGAGGCACAUUCUGACACAUCCCAUUACCUCAGAGAAGAAAUCAGAAAUAUGAUAAUGUGGGCAGUCGCGAAGGACGACGAGACCCGAGAGAACGUCAGGAAGACUUUACGCAAAGGGCUGACUGUACAAUUGGAUGCCUUGAGAGUGGCAUGGGCUAGAGGUGCUUCUGAGCCCGCGGAUCGUUUUCUCCCGGUCAAGACAGAGACAAAGCCAGAUGACGAUAGUAGUGAGGACAACGACGAGGAUGAUGAUAUAAGUGAUGAUAGCGACAGCAGCGACAACAUUGGUGUCGGCGAUAACAGCGAUGAUAGUGAAGAAGCUGAAGGUACCAGUGAUGACAUGGAAGACUCGUGA